GCAGGCAGCCCCGCGCCGGCUGUGCCGUCUGCGAGCCGGGGCGUGGAGCGGAGGAGGGCGCGGGAGGGGGGCACGAGCAUCCUCCAGACCGAGGCUCCUUUCGGCUUUCCGGGCGGGAGGCGCUUCGGCGGCAGUACCGGCGAAGUACCUGCGGAUCGUUUUUCCUCCUCCUCGCUGGCUUUUUUUAGUUUGGUGGUGGUGGUGCUAUUUUUUUUUUUUUUUUUCCCCUUAACCCUCCCUCAGAUCCAGGGAGACGCUUCUGAAGCGGGGCGAGCGCUGAUCUUACGUAAAUGGUGCUGCUCCGGGGAGAGCAUCUCCCCUGCCAGCCCCGGGCCAGGGGAGCAUCCCCGGGCGCCGCUCGCCCUGCCUAGCGACCGGGCUCCUCGCUGCCGCCCUGCCCGAGAUCCGCAGCGGCAGCGGCACCGGCGGGGGCGGGCGGUGAGCAGCAGCCGGCAGCCCGCAGCCCCGUUCCCGGCGGGUUUCGGCGCCUCCGCGGACCGGCUGCGGGGAUGAUGCGGCGCGUUGGAGCCCGCGGCGGGGAGGGCGCUAUGUCAGGGAGAUAACGCGCCUCCGCCAGCAGCCCGGGGGCAGUCUCGGUGCCAGCCCCCCCGGGACCCGGCUGCCUGGGAGCCGCUCGCAUCGCGGUGACGGACUGGCCGCGGCGGCGGGGCCGGGCAGCGGCGGGGCGAGGCCCGGCGGGGCGGGGGAGCGGCGGCCAGCCGUGCCGGGGCACCCCGCCUCCGGGGGGCGAGCGGCCGGGAGGCUGAGGAGCGCAGGCAGCAGAGCCGGGGAGGAGGAGGAGGGCAGCGCCAUGACUCAUUUGCAGGCAGGUCUCUCCCCGGAGACUCUGGAGAAAGCCCGGCUGGAGCUGAACGAGAACCCCGACACCUUGCACCAGGACAUCCAGGAGGUGCGGGACAUGGUCAUCACCCGGCCGGACAUCGGCUUUCUCCGCACCGACGAUGCCUUCAUCCUGCGGUUUCUGCGGGCCAGGAAGUUUCAGCACUUCGAGGCGUUUCGCCUCCUGGCCCAAUACUUUGAAUAUCGCCAGCAAAACCUGGACAUGUUUAAGAGCUUCAAGGCCACAGACCCGGGCAUCAAGCAAGCGCUGAAGGAUGGUUUCCCCGGCGGGCUGGCCAACCUGGACCACUACGGCAGGAAGAUCCUCGUCCUUUUUGCUGCCAACUGGGACCAGAGCAGGUACACCCUGGUGGAUAUUUUGCGUGCCAUACUUCUUUCUUUAGAAGCCAUGAUAGAAGACCCUGAGCUGCAAGUGAAUGGAUUUGUUUUGAUUAUAGACUGGAGCAACUUCACUUUCAAGCAGGCCUCCAAGCUCACACCAAGCAUGCUGAGAUUAGCCAUAGAGGGCCUUCAGGACAGCUUUCCAGCUCGGUUUGGAGGAAUACAUUUUGUCAAUCAGCCGUGGUAUAUCCAUGCCCUCUACACAGUUAUCCGGCCCUUCCUAAAGGAGAAGACACGAAAAAGGAUAUUCCUGCAUGGUAACAACCUCAACAGCCUGCAUCAGCUCAUCCACCCAGAGAUCCUGCCUUCAGAGUUUGGAGGAAUGUUGCCCCCCUAUGACAUGGGGACGUGGGCAAGAACACUGCUGGACCAUGAAUACGACGAUGACAGUGAAUGCAAUGCGGACUCCUACAACACUCCUGCAAAGGAUAUAGAAAAGGACCUCUCUCCCAAAUCCAUGAAAAGGUCUCAGUCAGUUGUGGAUCCUGGGGUGCUGAAACGCAUGGAUAAGAAUGAGGAAGAAAACAUGCAGCCUUUGCUUUCACUUGACUAAAGUUUUUGAACAUUAGACAUGAACUGAGGUGGAAGGCACUGCCUCUCAGCAACAAGCAAGUUAUUGGGAAAGAGUGUAACAGCUGGAAUCCUAUUUUACUCAUGUUAAUGUAGCAUAUUGCCUGAAUUCUGGAUGCCCUUUGGUGAAAAAGAAGUGGAGAAAAAAAAAGAAAAUUAAAUAAAAAAGAAAAGGAAUCAAUAAUUUAUUCUGUAAGUGCCAACUUGUUUGUAAAUACAAUGUAAUCCUCCAAUUUUACUUUGUAAGUUAUGGUAAACAAGUGCUAUGGAAAUGAGUGACUAUUAAUAUGUCAGUGAAGUGCACCAUAAAAAAAGAGAAGAAAACGUGUGUUCUCACAUGCACACACACACAUACACAGAGAGAAACAUACCGAACAAAGAAAAAUAUCAAAGCCAAUUAAAUGUUGUCCUUCCCAUGGGAAGCGAACUAGUACAUUGACUACUGGAUUUUUUCUGCAAUGCUCACAUAGUGUGCCAAGAUAAAGAGGGAAUAUAAGUACUUGGGAGAUGCUGUAAUUAGUGGAAUGUUUCCUAACUGUAGGAAUUGGUUUCUCAAAUAACACUGGUGUUUAGGAUUGUGAUUUAGCAUAAACCAUGUGCAUUGUGAGAAAGAUCACAAGUGAACUGGAACCACCUCUUGGAUAGCUUUGUCAUUUAGCUAUAUGGGUCUCUGAGGUUUCUUCCCAGACUUUUCAUUUACACGAGUAACCUGGCUUGGUACCGUAACCUGGGUGUUGUAAUGUGGGACACAUUGGAGUUACUUCUCUUGCAUUUUGGGUGCACAUCAAGAAUUUUUCCAGAACUCUGUUCUCCCUUGGAGUGAGACAUUAGUUCUCUAAAUACAGCAUAAGAGCUGGUAUCUGAAAGUAAAGCCUGGCAGCAGAGGUUAAUCACUGAAUCCUGUGCACUGGGAGACCGGAUACAUAUAUAUAUAUUUUUACCAAUCUCUGACAAGCAUACAAGGUGACAUUGUUAGAUAAGUAUAUUUCAUUGAAGGUUUAUACAAGAAAUCAUACUUAUUCAAUGUACUUAGAUAUAUUAUAGAUUGUAUAUUGAGACACUGUCGUUAUUAAUAUAGUAAAACUUUCCAUAGAUAACAGCAUCCCACUCCACGCAAGGAUUAAUAUGAAUAAGUUGUAGUCUCAGCCUAUAGUUUAGGACACUGUUGUUUUGGUUGUAGUGUAAAUGUAUAUACUGAACAUGUGCCAUAAUAGAGAAAUACAUUUUACCUCAAAAGGGCAACAGGUUUCACUAGGGAUUGGGUAAAUCAGCUGAAACAUAGGGUCUCUGUUAUCUCUGUGUGCUGGCUGAUGUGCGUGUAGCCUGUGGUAUGCUGAGGCAAGAAUGUAAUUUCUUAUUAGGACUUAAAUCAACAGAGUGGGAAGCCACACAGGGUGACCAUCAAGAAAUCUGAAUAAUUAGAGGUAUUGUAAGAACAUGUUCAGGCAGUGCAGGGAUUAGUUCAGAAAACUAAUUCACAGUGGAGAUGAUAGCUCACAGCAACCCUGCCUCCCAAGUGCUAGAGUUUUAAACACUUCUUCCAUCACUCCAGUGAUGUUUCAAAGUUACUGGCUGUAGGUCACCUCUUCUCACCCAGGAUGAUUACAGUGGUAAGAUUUGGUAGGCUGAGAUGAGUUAAGAGCAGAGAGUGAAAACUUGAAGGUCUGUCGUCUCGAGUUUAGCUGUAACUCCUGUGUUGGCAGCUUCAGCAUUUCUCAGGGCUGAGACGACCCUGAUUCUUCCAGCAUCACCCUUGAUUAGCCGAGGCAACACACAGAUAAAGCCUUCCUCCUUCACAGGUCAUUAGCAGCACUGAUAAACAGUGUAUGCCCUAAUACACCCUCACCUUGCCGGAACUUGUCUGAACAACUCAUUGCCUUUCUGCUUUCCUAAUUCUACUCUCAUGCUAGGGAUUAGGAAACGCAGAGAGGAAAGAUAUGGAUCCUGAACUUAUCAGUCUGUCCCACAACUUGUCAGUAGUAGAAACUGUCCUAAUACUACUUCUGUGGUUUGAGAGACUUGAAAAAAUGAUCACUUCUUAUGUACUAUUUUAUUCAGUUCUGGUUUUCACAUUCCUUGUAAAAUCAUGAUGUAUAAGUGAGAUGUGUCUCCAGUACUUGCAUAAGUGCCAUAUUUGAAUGUAUGUUAUAUAUUUUCACACUUCUGGUUAGUAGACUAGUAUGUUGCCAUAGGUAUGAUUUAAAAAUUCGUAUCAGAUAAACCUAAAACAUCUGUAGAAAUUUUCUCCUUAUAAGGGCUUCAGGAUUUAGUCAGUACUCCACAUGUAUACAAGCUGGUGAUCAAAAUCUUCAUAGAUCCUUUUAGAUACAUGGACCAGAGUUGUGUAAGACAGCAGAAUGCUGAUUUCAGACUACACUACCUGUCUAAUCAAAAGAUGCAAGUCUAUUCCACAGUAUGAAACUUAAACUUUGUUUCGAAGAUUAUAAAUUUUUGUUUGAAAAUCUGUUAUUUGUGCACUUAACUGUAAUUUUAUGUAAUAUUUUCUGAUGUCUGAUUUCAAUUUUAAGGUAAUGAGUAUUAAUACAUUCUUUCCAGAAAGUGAAAGUUGGAUAUAUUAUAAUUUUGUGUAACUGGGACCUCAUCUUUUAGCAAGAACAAAAUUGCUUUUUCAAUAAGAUUCUCUUUGUUGAAGAGUUGGGCUACAGGUCUUCUUGGCUGCAGCUUUUAUUUCACUGAAGCAAACUCUGACAGUGGUAAUUGCAGUUGUGACAUUGAAAAAGAAUAUGGAAAUGGGUAGGAGAAAUAAAUAUACUUUACCUACUCUCAGUAUUCUUUGAAGGCAUUUCUCUUUUACAUAUCAGGGUACAUAAAGGGUUCCGCCUUUCUUGUAGAAAAUCUUUAUAGGUAGCUCAAUUUUUAUUAGAUGAAUUUGGACUGAAAACUUUUUCCAAUCUUUAUUACCAUAGGAAUUGCAGUCUAAUUUUUAUAGCAGAAUUGAAGUGCUGAAACCAGAAUGCAUAUGCUUGGGAGGAACUCCUCUUAAUUUCUUACCUUUCUUGUGUAUUGGGUAGAACAAAACUUUGUUGUGAUUAUGCAUGCAAGUAUGCAUAUAAAAAUAUCCUGCAAUAUGAGGAACUUAGUGGAGAAACUGGAUAUACCUGUCCAACUAUGAAAAUAAAAGGAGGGUUAAAAAAAAAGAGUAAAAAUUGAUAGUUUUGGGCCUUUGAUAAGAUCUAAAAUUAUCCUCUUACUUUUCCAAGAUGUUUAAAAAUAUAUGGAAAAGUUAAGGAAACUUCCAUGACCAAAACCUCCUUGUAAUCAGAGAUGUCAGUAGACUCUUGGCUUUAUAGAGACAGGUAAUCACACCCACUAAGCUCCAACAAAUACACAGACUCCCUCCGAAUAGUUAUUAGUUGUAAAAUAGCUUGAGAUGUCUUUAGAGAAAUGUAAAUUUACUGUAUAGCAUAUUUAAAAAGAUGUUUUGCACUCUACAAACAUGCUAUGCCUAGUCACAAACUGAACACAGAAUUAAGGAAAAGAGGAGAAAAGGGACCUCCAAAGGUCACUGAUAUGUGGAGGAGCAGAUUCACUUUAAUGUCGCUCUCAAAUGUUUUAGCUCAGUACCUUGCAUGGAAUGCUCUUUGUAUUAUUUAAUCACAGUCACAGCCAAGCCUAAGCACAUUACCUGACAAAAUUGUAACCUGACAGUAUUUUAUUCAUGCCUUUUAUUACUUUCCUGUUCUGUAUGGGAAAUUAAAGUUUGUCAAGCAUCAUAAGGACUAUCAUUUAGCAUUACUUGGAAAACACUUUGCAAUAAGCUUUGGUCAUAUCCCUGUUAUUAUAUUGUUUCUGUUAUGAUUAUCAAUGUAUGUGUUUGUCAAGUUUUUUUAUAAAGUCACAUUUGAAAGAGCAUGCAAGAGAGAAAAACCAAAAUCAAUGAGGCUUUAGGAUUUUAUUUAGAAUAUUAAAAUGGGAUUUUAGGGAGGUGCUGUGUUUGGAUUUUAUAAUGUUUAAUUGUGUCUUGGGAAUAUCCUGCUGUGCUAUUGGCAUUGUUGGGUUCCAAGACAAAUUUGGUAGAUAAAUAUCAACAUGAAAGACAAGAGCAAAGGUCUCGAAGGAUUGUACUGAAAAAAAACAAUCACAUGGCUAGCUGGAUCAGGUCCCUCUAAAGAAAGGUAUUUUGCAAUUAGCCUGUAUGUGUGUACUUCUGGUGCUGAGAAUAGUUCUUUUGUCCAAAAACUUCAAAAUAUUCUAUGAAAUUGAGAAAAUAAUAGUUAUCGCAUUUCUCAGGUAGUAAAACAGGAACACAGUGAGUUAGAGACGUAUUUCAAUGGAAGAAAUUUUUCUAUAUGGGAAAGAUGACACUUUGAUCGCUCAGUCUGAUUUUAAAUGAAGGAGAGAAAAUAAUGUGUCCCUGUUUUGUGUAAGAAGGUCUUUUUGUCAAUUCAAUCAUAAGAACACUUUGCCAUGAGACCUUUGAGCCAGGGAUGGUCUGCUUUCCUGUGGAGUUAAAUCUGAAUGCACAUUGAACCAUUUCUGCUGAGGAAAUGGCAAAAAUUAGGUGUAUGUCCCCCAAAUGAAAUGCCUUUCUUCCCUCUCUGAUUGUUGGGGAAAAACGGUAGUUUAAUCUAAAGACCCCACCAAAAGGAAAUUUGCCUCAUAAAGAAUUCUACCGGGGACGAAACAAGAUACUUCUCUCCCUUUACUAUACAAGGAACAUCAAUGUUUUGUUUAGAGGCAUGCUCAGGUGACCCCGAAUGAACGUGCAAGCCAGGUAGAUAGAAUCCCACAUCCUGUAUUGCCUUGUAGCUUUGAAUGAUCCCGUGUCAAAAGUCUGUAUUUAGCAAAUUGACUUUGACAUUCCCUUCAGUCUGGAUUUCAGAUUUCAGUUGUGCAGGAAUUUUUUUUCCUAUCAGCUUUUGGGAUCUUAAUUAGUUUCCUUCAUAAGGGUCUGUGGGCACAAAAUGGCAUUGACCCUUGUUGAAUUGCAUGAUUUGACAAGUGGUUUUGUUAUUAAAGAAUAACAACUUGUGCAGGGCUGCACAGUGGUGAAGUUGAAACAUGGGUCAGAAGUUUUGUCACUCCUCCUCCAAUGUGUUAACUGCUUUGAUUGAUAAAAGUGUUAACACUUGCGUGAUGUGAAUUAAAAAAUAGAGAAAAAAGAGGUUUCUGCAGUGAGUUCAAAAUCUGAAUUGAUCAGCUGUUACUGUGGAAUCCAGGGCAUGUGGGGCACUACAAGCAUGUGAAAUAGAGAGACUUCCAAAGGAAGGUGGUUUAUUCCUUACAGUACACAUUUUGUUAAAAUGCGGCCAAAGUAUUUGGUCUGCACAGAGUGGUCGGCCCGAUCUGUUCUCUUUGAGUCAGUGGCUUACAGAAAGUCUUCUCUAAUAAAGGUAUGACAAAGCUUCCUUUUGCAGAGAAUUCACUUCCAGGGAAUUGACACAUCUGUCAAUUUUCAGCAGACAAAUGGCGGGAGUUAAUUAGGAUUUUUAUUUGAUAUGGAAAUGCUGCUGUGAUUCCUUAAAGAGGCUGUCGCAUCGUCAGCAACAAACAGCAGUGCCAAAGGCAGGCAUCUCAAAUCGGGUCCCUUGGUUAAUAAAAAUUUAAGAGUAGAAAAAAUCAAGGGAAGAGAUUAUAGAAGAUGAUAAAACACAAUAAUUAAAAAAUCAAAACAGAAGCAGGCUUGCAGUAGAAAGCUGUAUGAAUGGCAAAAAUAAUGUGAUAUUUGCAUUAACACUUCCAGGAAAUUAAUCAGUAGCCUAUUAUGAGUCCCCCACUCUACAUUAUGAGCAGAGCGUCAGUUUUUCACAUGAUCUAGCAUCUAUGGCCAUGAUGGAAUUUCCCAAAUCUUUAGUAAAUGAGCUACCAUGUAAAACAGUAGGUGCUGUAGCUGAGCUUGUGAACAUGAUUUAAAUGGAGACAGCAAAGCCUCACCCGCAGAUGGGUCCCAAGAAUAUGAGAAGCGCUGUGUCCUGCCUGGCUGAAGAAGUCAUGGAAAUAGAGAAUGAAAGGAGUCCUAUGUCUGUAAGAACAGGUGGCAGAAGAGAAUACAACAUUAGGGAUUUGGAGUGAACUGGUUGGCCAUUUUAAUAGUGAGGGAGGCUUACACUUGCUCAGUAAUAUAGGAGAGGACUUACAAACCCCAUGACACAUCUGUCAUCAGGAAGGAGAGAUAACAUGUUUCUCACUUUCCCACACAAACUCAGUUUCAAUAUAUUUAAACCUGAUGCAUAUGCUAAACCUGAAGUGCCUCUGCUGCUGCUGUUUCCACGGUAGCUCCCAGGAUGUGAGUAUCAUGUAGCAUGCAGAAGCUGAAAGGGCAGAGCCCCCCAACCUAUCCAUAGGAAAAGAAGGGAGAGAAGUAUUCUGCAAAACCCUGCUGCAGAGAAAAUUUUGUGGGAGAAUUCAACACUUGCUUGAGUUACAGCCUGCCUCUACAGAACCUUGAUGUCUUGUUCUAAUUAUGCAGCCUUCAAGCUGUAGCUGGUGAUCUGUGUCCCGUGUCUUUAAACAGUGCUGCUGGUGAUGUUAAUUGUAGCCAUUAGUCACUCAGAGCAGAGAUGAUUUAAAGGAAACUGACAACUUUAAGCAUUACACUUAAUGCCUAAGAAUAUUAAAUUGGUGAUUGUUACAAGUAAUGCCUAAGAUUAUGAUAACUUAAAGAUUUCCAGGGUUUGGUUGCAUUGUAUCCUUGAUGGGACUUAGUGUAUAGUCACUUUCCUGUAAGUAUGGUUGUCCCUGAGGCUCACAUGCGUCUUUGAUGCAGCAAUGGUAGAAAGAAUUAAACAGUAGAAAAUGUCAUGCUACAGAUGUUAAUAUAUUUGGAGGGGCAUAUUUAGAUUACCUGACACUAUUAAAAAAAUAGUUUUUCUGUUUGCUAGUGUUCAGCUUGAGAAUAAUGGCUCUUAAAUAAUUUGCUUCUAUAGCUCUUUCACCCUAUAGACUACUGUGUGAAAUGUGUUCUGCAAAACAUUCUCAGCUUUUCAUCCCUUCUCCUUGUGUUCAACAGCAUCCUAUCUUCUGUGUGUACUUUAUUAUUGUAAAAAAACCCCAACAGACUGAUAAUCUGAUCAAUAGAUCUUGAGGAUAAGUAUUUUAAAUAUUCCCCUUGUAUAAAUCUCUGGUUAACUGGGUGAGAUGGAAAAUGAGACCAAGACCAACCACAUCAUAGGAGAAUACAAAACAAAGAAUCUGGCUAGGAGUGUAGAUGAAACAGCUCUUGUGAUUUAAGAUGUUACUUUCCUUGACUGUUAGUUGUUACUUUUCACGUAGGAACUACUGCCCCAACAUUUAAUCAACAACACGUUAUGGAAGUACUCAUGUCCCAGUGAAGGCAGUGCACAAAUCAUGUUGACUCUGUUGAUUCUGCACUCAUGAAAAUACAAAACCACUCACAUAAUCUAUUAAUACAGCUCUGUUGUGAGAAUAAUGAUUAACAGCUAGUCAUGGUGACAGCUAAAAUUGCAGAUUGGCAAUCUGUGCCUUAAGGCUCUUGUUAUCUGUAGCACUUGCAUAGCAGUAACUAAUGAAUAAUGUUCUUUUUGCAUGCAGCAAUCUACUUUGGAGCCUUAUGGAAAAUAUUAUAGCACCAUAUCAAAAUUCAAAAUUAAAUUACAGGAGUAAUUUACAAACAGUGCUUGUAUCCUCAGGAUAAAAUUUGUUUGUUUCUCAGUUUAGUACUGUUAGGACUCAGGGGGUCUGAGAUUUGUAAAGCCAGGACAAGUUUAUUAAUCAUGUUCUUUCUUUGUAAAGUUUCAAUAACUAAUCUCUUUUCACAACUUGUUGUCAGUUUGAAUUUUAUUCAUGGAUAUAGUGAAAUGGUUAAUUUUGGUCUGUUGUGUUCUAACCUAAAGUCUGAAGAUAAAGCAACUUUGUGAAACAUCACUCUUUAUAUUGUAUAUUUAAAUAUCAUCGGUUCUCUGUGAUCAAUGGGCUGCUUUGGAGAGUGCUACUACUUUAAAUCAUCGUUGGCUAUUGAGGAAGAAUGACAUUCUGUUAAAUAAAAUAUGACCAAAUGAAAAUUAAAAUACAUAUAUAUUUUCGUGUUUGUA